AUGAAAUCAGAUGAUGUACACGAUGAUGGAUAUAAUGACAUUGACGGAUAUUCCAGAGAUGAGCAUGAUGAAUAUAAAUAUUUUGGUGGCGGAUAUUAUCUUCCACGUGAUGGAUAUAAUUUUCCAGGUAGGGGAUAUAAACCCCCACAUGACGAUUAUAACAACAGAUAUAAAUCUCUUGAUGGUUCAUAUAACAAUGGAUAUAAGCCUCCAAGUGGUGGAAAUAAACCCCCACAUAGCGGAUACAACCCUCCAAGUGGCGAAUACAACCCCCAACAUGACAAAUAUAAACCUCGGUGUGGCGAAUAUAACCUCCCACAUGGCAAAUAUAAAUCCCCUAGUGAUGAGUAUAAACCGCCAGGUUAUAAACCCCCUAGUGAUGAAUAUAAACCUCCAGGUGCACAUGAUAAAUAUAAACCCCCUAGUGAUGAAUACAAACCUCCAGGUGACAAAUAUAUCCCCCCACAUUACAAAUAUAAACCUUCUAGUGACGAAUACAAACCUCCAGGUGACAAAUAUAACCCUUCACAUGACAAAUAUAAACCCCCUAGUGAUGAAUACAAAUCCCCAGGUGACAAAUAUAACCACUCACAUGACAAAUAUAAAUCUCCUAGUGAUGAAUACAAACUUGCAGGUGACAAAUAUAAACCUCCUAGUGACGAAUACAAACCUCCAGGUGACAAAUAUAACCCUCCACAUGACAAAUAUAAACCUUCUAGUGACGAAUACAAACCUCCAAGUGACAAAUAUAACCCUCCACAUGACAAAUAUAAAUCCCCUAGUGACGAAUACAAACCUCCAAGUGACAAAUAUAACCCUCCACAUGACAAAUAUAAAUCCCCUAGUGAUGAAUACAAACCUCUAGGUGAUAAACAUAACCCCCCAUAUGACAAAUAUAAACCCCCUAGUGAUGAAUACAAACCUCCAGGUGACAAAUAUAAACCUCCUAGUGAUGAAUAA